CCGGUUGGUCGCAAAAGUUUAAUCGGCGAAGAAAAGGAAGUGCCGAUAUUUCACCGGCGAUUAAGAUGGAGAUAGAGGUCGAUAAGGGGAUUCUUAAGUCUUCUGGGGCAGAGCUUCUUCCCAACGGACGUCGAGGUUUGCGCAUCCAUGACUGGGAGAUCGAAACCCUCCGUGGCACGAUUCUUACUUCUCUCGCUCUCCAAGACUGGGAAGAAAAGCUUCAUACAUCUCACUUACCUGAAAUGGUAUUUGGCGAGAAUGCAUUAGUCCUUAGACACCUAAGUAGCCACGCUAAGAUUCAUUUCAAUGCAUUUGACGCACUAGCGGGUUGGAAGCAAGAAGGGCUUCCACCUGUUGAAGUUCCUGCUGCAGAAAAAUGGAAAUUCAGGAGCAAGCCGUCCCAGCAGGUUAUACUAGAUUAUGAUUACACUUUUACAACGCCAUACCGUGGAAGUGAAGUCGUUGAGAAAGACCAAGAAGAGCACGUUAAGGAAAAAGCAAAUACUGAGGUUGAAGCUAGUCUUCAGUGGGAGAACUGUGAUGAGCAGAUUGAUUUGGCCGCUCUCUCACUUAAAGAACCUAUUCUAUUCUAUGAUGAGGUAGUUUUGUAUGAAGAUGAACUGGCUGACAAUGGAGUGUCACUUUUGACUGUGAAAGUGAGAGUCAUGCCAAGUUCAUGGUUCCUCCUCUUACGAUUUUGGCUUAGAGUUGAUGGUGUGCUUAUGAGACUGAGAGAGACGAGAAUGCAUUGUGUGUUUGGCAAAGGUGAGACACCCACUGUUCUUCGUGAAAGCUGUUGGAGAGAAGCAACAUUUCAGUCUCUAUCUGCGAAAGGGUAUCCCGUUGACUUAGCAGUCUAUAGCGACCCGAGCUCCAUCAGUCAGAGGCUACCGGUUAUUAAGCAGAUGACACAGAAACUGAAGAUCCCUCGGAAAGUGUAAGCUGUUGUUAAACCAAGAAGAAGGUGUCGCAUGAGCAGUAAAAAAAAAUACUUAAUAUUUACGAUUGAGUUUGUUGAUGUAAGGAGUUACUUAACUGAUUCAUUGUGGCGGAUUUCGUUUUCAUGCAAGCACUGAAACCCUUUCAUGUUAUUACACUGUUAUUGUUCCCAGAAUACUUUCCUCCUCACUAUUCAAAGUCUAUGAUUUGUAUCACACAAAUAAGAGUUAUUUCAAUUCUGUAUAAUGU